AUGAUUUCUGCCUCUCGACCACCACCAAGACCGCCCUCUUCCAUCGCGAACACCUCCUAUUACUCUUUGGACUCUUCAACACCGGUUCCCAGCGAGUUUCCGACGCCAACACAAAGCCCCAACUUACUGCCUAUUGACGUCUCGCAUCACAUAGUCGACCUAUCCGAACAUACCAUCACGCAUCUCGACAUGGCAGACACCGCUACCACGGUCACUGCGGACACGCCAGUUGCCACUGCUGCUCCAGCAUUGCCCCCUCGUUCUCCUAGUCGCACUGCUGCCAGCACAGAAGCAAGGCCAAUCUCCCCCGCGAACACUCAAGUCGCGGUGGCCACUGUGUCAGAGACCAGCCAUAAGUCUGCUUCCUCCGAAGCCGGUCCCUCUAAGCCCGCUGUUCCCGUCUCGGAUAUGAAGAAGGGCUCUGUAGAUACGAACACCAAGGACAGCGCUGUUAUUGUUGAGUCCCCUUCGUCCACGAAGAGUGAGAAAGGAGUCCGUAGCGCGUUUGGAAUGGGACCCGGUACGAGUGGUCCGGCGCCACCCAAGGACGAGAACGAAACGCUCCACCAACGUGCGGCUACUGCCGAAAGCGGUUUAAGUCAGUCGGUAGUCCAGAAGAUCACAGCCGCAGAGUUGAAGGAUGCCAAGCGGGUUUCGAAGAUUUUGAAGAACGAGCAAAAGGCUGAAGACAGGUCUAUGAAGCAGGCGAUCAAGGAACUUGACAAGCUAGCUUCUAUUCAACGCCAGGCGUCCAAGGACGAAUCUGCUGCACUCAGUGCUCAUAACAAAGCCGUCAAAGCUGAGCACAAGUUGAACAUGAAAUACUUGGCGGCAAAGGCAGCAUGGGAAAAAGCUGCCGCGGACCUGAAGAGCAAGACUGAAAUGCUAAACAGCACCAGAGAACAUGCCCGGACCCAAACUGAGCUCCUGCAGGCCAAGACCAAAGAGGUCGAUCAGCUGAGGACUCAGAAGGCAACAGACGACCGCGAGCGCCAGGCUAAGCUUCUCGCUCUGAAGAACCCAUCUGGUAAAGUUGUGACUAAAUGA